GCGGCCGCCGCCACCAUGGCCUCGCCGCGCGCCCCGCGGUGGCCACCGCCGCUGCUGCUGCUGCUGCUACCGCUGCUCCUGCCACCGCCCGCCGCCCCCGGGACGCGGGGCCGCCUUCCCUGCCCGGCCCACCACGCGAUCCUCCCGGCCGCGGGGCCGCCUCCAUCCCCUGGCCCAGGACACACGGCCUCCGUCGCGACACGGAGGGGACGUUCUGGCAGGGUCCCCAGAGGCGUGAGCGCGGCCUUGGAGAGCCUUCCCCAGUCACCCAGCAGUUCCAGGUCAGAAGGAAGAAUCACCUCUUCUGAAACAGAGACUGGGGCACCCCUGGGCUUGCUGGAGAGGGCGAGGGAGCCCCCAGAAGAAGGGACUGUGCACAUGCAACGGGCUGGCACCUGGGUUUCCAGCCAAGCCUCUCUUUCAGCUCUGGAGCCUGAGGAGCCAAGCAUGCCCUCCCAGAAGAGAAAUUCAUGGGGCCAGGAGCGCUCUGGGCUGCCAUUCUCCUGGACACAGAGUCACUCUCAUCUCUCAGACCGUCCCAUGUCUCAGGAAGAUGGUGCAUUGCUGAGUGACAGUUCGGACCUGGUGGAGAGCACUUCCGGGUUGCGCACCCCACACAUGCACACCUCUGCGAUGUUCACCCGUAGCGGGGAGCGCACACUGCGGUCCGUCAGCCUCUCACAGGCAGCAACCCACCCUGCGCACCCCACUCCUCACGUGAACGUGACAGAGCAUGCCGGCCUGCUGUCUAGGGCACCUACCCUUGGAGUCACGGGACUCAGCUACAGUCAAGAGCUAAGUGGCUCAGCCGCUGAACAAAGGACUUCCGGUGACCACACAGACCACGCCUAUGUUUCAUCUACUUUCACCAAAGGAGAACGGGCCUUGCUGUCCAUUACAGAUAACACUUCCUCCUCAGAGGCCAGCGAGAGCUCAACCUCUUCCGUUCACAUCACAGACGCCUCUCCUUCUUCUCAAGCUCCAACUAGAAACGCUAACGCGUCUUAUGAUGGUGAACCUGCUCCAUCUUCCACCGAGUCACUGGUUCCGCAUACGUCCAACCCUCCAUCCUACACAUCCACCAUUAAUACGCCAAACACAUCAGUUCUUGAGGGCAGCACCAAAUCUGUUGAGGACCCAUCUGAUUCAGGGCCCCCUUUACCUCUUCCCUCAAGGUCACAACCCCAUCAAUUCUCAUCAACCUUACCACCAUUGACUGGGUCUCCCAAACAGCAGCUAAAGUCUACCUCUGAGGCAACCACCCCUUUACCCUCCUCAUCAUCGCCAUUACCAACCUCCUUGAUGGCGUCGACUCUUGCCCCACACUCUGUCCCACAAACACCUUUGCCACAUUCAUCUUCUUCUACCCUGAUCCCUCACAGGGCGAGGGAGCCACGAGUGACUUCAGUCCAAAUGUCAACAAUGGUAUCAGCCAUAGCAUUGUUCCCCAGUAACCAAACAGCAGACCCCAAGAACCAGAGCACCCCACAGCAAGAGAAACCCAUCACAGAAGCAAAGUCCCCGAGCUUGGUGUCGCCGCCCACAGACUCUACCAAAGCCGUAACAAUGAGCCUUCCUCCAGGGGUCCCUCAGUCCCCAGCCUUAGUAGACUUUUCCACAGAGCCAGCCCUGCUAGCCACAAGCACCAGCUUAGCUCAGACGUCUCCAGCUUUGACAUCUGCCGUGCCUCAGACUACCCAUUCUCCUGUCACCAGUCCCAGGACUCUGUCAAGUACAGAAGCUUUGACCCCGGCCACUGUAGUUGUCCACACUACCCCAGAGAAACAACGCCUGCCAACCAACCCUGAAAUUCUAGUGCCUCAAAUCCCAACAGAAGGGGCCGUCACCACAGAGGAGAGCGGGAUGCCUAUGGCUUCUACCACUCACUCAGUCCCUCUGACCACUACGGCCACGUCAGCAGAAGAGACUACAGAGCUUAGCCGUGCAGAAGAGUCCAGCCCGGUUUCACAUUUUCUCCGAACCUCUUCACCUCAAACCACAGAGGUUUCUACAGCUGAAGUGUUGACUUCCAGAUACACCACCUUUGCUGCUCAGAACACCCCACUGUCACCAACAGCGUUGUCACCUCCAACCUCAGGUGACAGCUGUACCGUGAACCCUUGUCUUCAUGAUGGUGAAUGCAUCGUGGACCUCACUGGUCGUGGGUAUCGAUGUGUGUGCCCACCUGCCUGGCAGGGAGACAACUGUAGUGUGGAUGUGAACGAAUGCCUCUCGAGCCCCUGUCCUCCCCUAGCCACGUGCAACAACACUCAGGGAUCCUUCACCUGCAGGUGCCCGGUCGGGUAUCAGCUGGAGAAAGGAAUAUGCAACCUGGUUAGAACCUUCGUGACUGAGAUUAAGCUGAAGAAGACCUUUCUCAACAGCACUGUGGAAAACCAUUCCGAUGUCCGUGAGAUUGAAAAUGAGAUUGCUCAGACGCUAAACGUGUGUUUUUCAACAUUGCCUGGUUAUAUCCGGUCUACAGUCCAUGUGUCUAGAGAGCCCAGUGCAGUGGUCAUCUCACUGCAAACCACCUUUGCCCUGGCCUCCAAUGUGACACUAUUUGACCUGGCUGACGGGAUCCAGAGAUAUGUCAACUCCUGCAGGUCCUCUGCGGAAGUCUGCCAGCUCUUGGGGUCUCAGAGGCGGAUCUUUAGAGCGGGCAGCCUGUGCAAGCGGAAGAGUCCGGAAUGUGACAGGGAGACCUCCAUCUGCACCGACCUGGAUGGUGUCGCGCUGUGUCAGUGCAAGUCCGGCUACUUUCAGUUCAACAAGAUGGAUCACUCUUGCCGAGCAUGUGAAGAUGGAUAUAGGCUUGAAAAUGAGACUUGUAUGAGUUGCCCAUUCGGCCUCGGCGGUCUCAACUGUGGAAACCCCUAUCAGCUCAUCACUGUGGUGAUCGCAGCAGCAGGAGGCGGCCUUCUGCUCAUCCUGGGCAUCGCGCUCAUCGUAACCUGCUGCCGGAAGAGUAAAAAUGACAUAAGUAAACUCAUCUUCAAAAGCGGGGACUUCCAAAUGUCCCCUUACGCCGAGUACCCCAAGAACCCUCGGUCACAAGAGUGGGGACGAGAAGCCAUUGAAAUGCAUGAGAACGGAAGCACCAAAAACCUCCUGCAGAUGACGGACGUGUACUACUCGCCCACAAACGUAAGGAACCCUGAACUUGAACGCAACGGACUGUACCCAGCCUACACUGGAUUGCCUGGAUCGAGGCACUCUUGCAUUUUCCCGGGACAGUAUAACCCAUCUUUCAUCAGCGAUGAGAGCAGGAGGAGAGACUACUUCUGAGUCCAGGAGAGCAGGAGAGAGAGAGAGAGAGAGAGAGAG